AUGAAGACCAUCAUCACUUACCAAACCCUCGUAAACUCCUCCCGGUCUCGCACCAGAACAGCCGCCCAGUCCCUCCGCCAGUCCCGCCCGUCCCCCGCCUCCACACCCCGUCCGCACCUCCCGCACUUGUACCCCUCAUCAAGAACCGCCAUGAGCCUCCCCCCACUACGACCCGGCUCAACCACUGCUGCCACCACCACCACCACCACCACCACCACCACCAAAUUCCUCACCACCGCAGCGAGAAAGUCAAGCUAUUGCACCAUCGCCCCUGCAACUGCUGAACCACCACAAUCGCCCCAAAAGCCACCAACAUCGCCCACAGUCACACCCACCAUGAACCCAGCCGAAGUCAUCGCCUCCACAUUCCGGGACGUCCCCGCCGAAUCCCACGGCCCAAUGUGGGAGCGUCUCUGGACCCAAAGCGUCACCCCCUGGGACCGCGCCGGCCCCAGCAUGCCGCUGCACGACCUCCUUGCCGAGCGCACCUCCCUUCUCGGCCCCGCCGCCCCUACUGCCGCCUCCGGUAACAAGCGGAAGACGGCUCUGGUCCCGGGCUGCGGUAAAGGCCACGAUGUACUUCUACUCGCCUCUUGGGGGUACGACGUCGUCGGUUUGGAUCUGGCGGAGACGGCCUUGAAGGAGGCGAGGGAGAAUGCUGAGGCUGUUAAGGACUCGGGCGCGUAUAAGCUGCAGGAGGGUGUGCAGGAGAGGGGUAAGAUCACUUGGGCGCUGGGUGACUUUUUUGCGGAUGACUUCCUGAAGGAGGCGGGCGUUGAGAACUUUGAUCUCAUCUUUGAUUUUACCUUCUCCUGUGCCCUCCCCAUGUCUCUCAGACCCAAAUGGGCUGCCCGCCAAGCCCAGCUCCUCGGCCCCGAAGGCCGCCUCGUCAUCCUCCAGUUCCCCAACGGCAAACCCCUUUCCCUCCAGGGUCCCCCCUGGGGCGUCAACUCCGACAUGUACCUCGCCCUGCUGUCGCGCCCCGGCGAGGAAAUCUCCAUCGACGAGGACGGAAACGUAAAAGAGCCCGAGAAGAUCGAGAGGCGCGAGGACGGGCUGAAGAGGUUGGAUCUGUAUACUCCGAAGAGGACGCACGUUAUCGGGGUUGCGGAGGAUGGGACUAUUACUGAUCGGGUGUCGGUUUGGGCUCAUUGA